AUGAGCAUGUGCCGUGUUUGGGGAGACAUUCUUUUUUGGUUUACGGUUUACCCAGCCGAUGCAGUGCAGAAGGUGUCUCGCUUGAUUCACCGCAUAGUGGAGGACUAUUUCACCAGUGCAUGGCCGAACGCUCGGAUCGAGGGACUGGUGGCUCUGAGGGAGCUGACCUUUCUCUUGGAACAUGAAUCUGCUCAAUGCUUUGCCCACGAGAUUACCACGCCAAUCCUCCGGUGCUUCUCCGAUGAGGAUUCCAACGUCAGAUACAAGGCUUGCGAAGCCUUCUACAACGUGGCCAAAGUCAUCCGCCGCGGAGUGCUUCAAGAUAUGGAGUCCGUCUUUGACGGCCUUUGCAAGCUGUAUACUGACGUGGAACAAACCAUCAAGGAGGGCGCCCAAAGCUUGGAUCGCUUGGUCCGGGACAUCGUCGUGGAGCAGCGGCGCUUUGACUACUCCACGCUGAUUCCGCUGAUCGCCGCACGGAUCCAUGUGCUGAACCCCUCGGUUCGCCAACUGGUCUUGGGCUGGAUCGUUCUCCUCGACUCCCUGCCACAGGUGGAUAUGAUAGCGUUUCUGCCCCAUUAUUUGGAGGGGCUCUUCGGCAUCCUGGCCAGCGACAAUCGCGACUUCAGGAUGCAGGCAGCGGGGCGGGCACGGGCUACAAUCGCCUGGCACAGGGGUUUGAGAGGGACUUGA